AUGGCAGAGCUCUGUCCAUUUGACCAGCGUCGCCUGCCGCGAGAGUUGUACGUCAAGUUCUUUGUCGUCCACUUCAUUGUCAUUGGGGCAUACAGUCACUUAAGGCAUCUCCGCCGUGAGAGAUACAACUUGCACAUGUACGCCCUUGUCAUCGCCUGUCCACUAGCUGGUAUAUCCUUGGUCGCCGUGCCUCUUCUUGUGCUUCUCUUACAAGCGAUAAUUACUCGGUGUGAUUGGGAUGCUAUGUACUCCUCGAUGGAGAUAUUACUUGGGCAGCUGCCUUCGGACGCAGAAGUGAAAGCAAUAGUGAGAGAAGACGCCCGUAAGACCUUGGACAAGAUGACCAAGGAUUUUGUGGAUUCCUAUCGAAAGACCUUCCCUUCGGAAGCCUUGGGUAUCACGGUUGAAGCCAUGCAAAAGAGGAUUAAAAGGGUCUUUCGUGAUCUCGGAAACUAUCAAGCGGUUGACAACGACAGUACCAGGGUUUUGGUGCCAGACGCUCCCAGAUCAGCACCCUCAUUACCAUGUAUUACCGAUCCAGAUACCUACGAGAUGACAGCCCUUGCCGAGGAAGGCCGUGCGAAUCCAACCAAGAAUCCCCCGCAAGUAUCUACAAAUAAUGAUUCUACUAGCGAUUCCAUAAAAGCCUUACGAAAGUUUUGUCUGAACUUUAUAGUAGCCACAAAAUCUUUCGAGCUCUAUCUGGAGCUGGACAAUUUUGCACUCAGCGCCAUCCUCAGAAACCUUCCCCUGCACUCACAGCCAGACGAAAAGGACAGCAGAUUUCUGAUUGUUCUUUUCAAAGAGGUCAGUGAAGUACUUGAGGCCUUGGAAUCAGACACGAAUGCAGAUUCAGCAAUCAUCAAAGCUCGUUGCAGAGAACCUUUAAAGAUCACCUGGGAAUCGUCAAGAAGACUUCUAUGGCCACUCGCCUUACUCUCGCAAUGCAUUACUUCAGUAUGGCUGUUCCAUAGAAGGGUAACCAGAGGAGGUGAUGCGCUAUACGACCACAGGAUCUUGCAGUUGGCUUUGUUAGGGUUGUGCGUAUCCAUGAUGACCAUCUUUCAGCUUAUUUUCAGGCCCCGCUUCCCUUUGCAGGCAGAUAGAGCAGAUCCAAGGACGGGAUGGGUCUAUCUCUUGCGGCCUGACAGGCGAGUGGAUUGGCUUGUGUUUCAGCACAUCAUUUCUAGAGAGCGUAUAGAGCGCUAUACCGCUCACUCAGGGUCCUUAGCAGACGGCAAAGCAGCGACCGCAUUAGUCUUGCGACUUUCGGAAAGUCUUCGAGAAUGGAUCUACUUAUAUGGUAUAUCAGCUGUAACUAGUAGUAUGGGCUUGAUGACUCAUCCGCCAAUUGCCUACUUGAACGAGAUAUUCGACAGAGAUUCGGGACCGUGGCCACGCACUCUUCUAUCUCUUUCGUUCCUUUCACCGCACAUUCUGGCCUUGGCCAUACUAUUCGUCCCUUCAAGAGGAUUGUGGGUCAAAUUCUGGCGGGCAAAUCGCUUCCUCUGUCUCUGCUUGAUAUUAGCUAGCUUCAGCAUGACAACUACAAUCUGGCUUGGGCCAUCACCACCGUAUAAGUGGAGUUUCGGCUUAAUGGAUAGUUUCCAGCAAUUGUGGGCGCUCUUCAGCAUUCCACCCAAUGCGCACGAAUACCUCAAUGCAACUUAUACGCCUGACUCCUAUGUUUUCAAUGGAACUUCAACUCACCUGAACGCCACCUUUGCGGACGCUGACAUUUUUCAAGCUACGGUGGCCAGCAGGUCUUUUACCAGGCUCAUGCUAUUGAGUACUAUCCUGAAUACCACCUACUCCUGGCAGGCAGAUGCUGAUAGCAACUCUUCAAAUUGCCCUAUUCCUGAAGAAAUAGCGGAUCUGACGCUCGUUAAUGCCACACUUUCCAAAUACAGUACACUUGAUGCUAAUGCUCCUAUUCCGAACCUUGUUGAGAAUCUGUCUAUGAAUCUCACUUUGUCAUUCACACCAGAUUGGAAUAGGAUAUGGACAUUUGCCCACGCGCCACGCGCUUUCCCAUGCCCGAAGGCCUGGAAAGACCCAGUGGCUGACUAUGUAUGGUGGCUGGCAUAG